AUGAACAAGUUUCUUAAUGGAGGUGGCCGAGCCAAUGAGAGAGGCAUCAUCAUCAGGGUAUGGAAUGAUAGAGGCUUCAGCUACAGUAGUUAUACAGACUAUUCUUCAAGACAUGUUGCUGUUUUUCUUACCGUUGUGAUGAUCUUUGUAACAGUUAUGGACAUCCUUGGAAACAUUCUUGUUAUUCUAUCUAUCAUAAAGAACAAGAAACUUAGAAAUGCUGGAAAUGCCUUUGUGAUUAGCUUGUCAGUAGCUGACUUGAUGGUUGGAAUAUAUCCAUAUCCUUUAGUCACUAUAGCAACAUUGCAGAGAAAAUGGACCUUGGGAGAUAUUCAGUGCAAGGCUGCAGCAGUGAUUCAAGAUCUUGGUCUCAUAGUAUCUGUCUACAACAUUAUGGCAAUUGCAAUCAACCGCUACUGUUGCAUAUGUUACAGCCUCAGAUACGACAAACUCUACAGCAUGAAAAACACCUGCUGUUAUGUUUUCCUACUAUGGAUUUUUUGCAUCAUAUUGACUUUACCAAUUGCAUAUUUUGAUGUUGUUAAGUAUGAUGAAAGAAUUCAUAUCUGUGUGUUUUCAUUCUCUGUAAAUCCAUCUUUAACAUGUGCACUGGCAAUUUUGCAUUUCCUUGUACCAGUUACUACUGUGGUUUUCUGUUACUCAAAGGUUUGGAUGUUGGUUAUUCAGGUCAAGUACCGGGUCAGACAGGGUAACAAACAAAAACUUAAGCGUAAUGAAGUGAGACAUUUCUUGACAAUGUUUGCAUCAUUUAUUCUUUUUGCUGUUUUCUGGAGCCCAUUUAGUAUCCCAGCUUUGGUUGUGGGGUUAAGUCCAAAAGGAAAUGCACCAAAGUUUCCUGACUGGCUUUAUGUGUUAGGUUACUUUGCUGCUUCCUUUAAUAGCUGUCUCAAUGGUAUUGUUUAUGGUAUUUUUAAUCAAAAUUUUAGGGAUGAGUACAAAAGAAUUCUUCAAUCAUUCUGCACAUUUCCAAAAACUAUACAAUAA